AUCCAUAGUCCAAAAACACGGACGAACCAAAUUAGCAAUUACCGGGAAAAUGGAAGAAAAGAACAUGGAGAAAACAGAUCUUUCUCUUUCUAAUUCAAGAACGAAGCCAUCAUCUCUGCGUUGGGGAAUUCUUCGACAAGCGUUUCUUCGUUGUCGUGCCGCUCAGCCCGACAACCAAUCUCAAAGUGGCAUAGAACGUAUUUCCAGGAAGACAUCUCACGGGUUUAACUUGAUAUCAUGUCAGCUUAUCAACGAUGGUCUUGUUCCAGAAGCGUCUGCUUCGUCGUUGGAAAUGAACAAUCUGGAUAGCCUGAGAGACACUUGCAUGCGCUAUACGUUACCCUUGGAAGGAGUUCCCACACUUGUUCUAAUUCAAAGAUUAGAGAACCAUGUUGACUUCAAUGAGUUUGAGAUCUGCAACAGAUUUGAGGUUGACAACACGGGCCUUGUAUGUCGUUGGCCAUCAGAAGAUGUCCUUGCUUAUUUUUGUUUGUCAUAUGCUGAAAAGUUCAGGUCCAAAAGAAUCCUGGAGCUUGGAUCAGGCUAUGGACUAGCUGGAUUAGUUAUUGCAGCAGCCACAGACGCAUUAGAAGUAGUAAUAUCUGACGGGAACCCUCUAGUUGUUGAUUAUAUUCAGCGUAAUAUAAAUGCCAACUGUGGAGCCUUUGGUGAUACAGAUGUGAAGUCUAUGACGUUGCACUGGAAUCAAAAUGAAGUCUCAUGUAACUUGGACCCCUUUGAUAUUAUUGUUGCAAGUGAUUGCACAUUCUUCAAGGAAUUCCAUGAAGGUCUUGCUCAAACUGUCAAAUCAUUGCUAAAGCAGUCAGGAACCUCCGAAGCCAUAUUCUUCAGCCCCAAAAGGGGGGACUCCUUGGAUAAGUUUCUGCAGAAAAUCAAAGAGGUUAGUUUGCAUUACAGCGUGGCAGAGAACUACAAUGGAGAAGUCUGGAAACGUCAUCUGAGAUUCCUUAGUGGUGAUUACUCCUGGCCCAACUACGAAAAGGAUCACUGCUACCCACUGUUGAUCAGAAUCACAUUUUGAAGUUCUGGAAGACACAUUUGCUUUUCCGUUUGUGAUUUGAGCUGAGCAUUGCAGAUGCUCUUCUGUGUUGUGGUAAGCUGCAGGCAUGGAUGGGCGUUUUGAGCAUGGGGCAGCAGCUAUUGAGCAAGGUCAUUUUUACUUGACUUUGUACUACUGUUGCAUAGCAUUCUGGUGGCCCCCCCUAGAUCUUGAUUACACUUUGCACACCACAAUUUUGAUGAGCAUCUACUUUUAAAAGUUUUAUCAACUGGGAAAUAAACUAUAUGGUUUAUUGAUGACAGUCCUCCAAUGAUCUCAUACCAUUUCAUUUA